UACGCUGUCGACGCACCUCGCGCACCUAGCCGCUGUGAUGGAGCCUCUGAAGUCGGCCAAGGUGAAUGAGAUGAGCGAGCUCGAUCUGAAGGAUAUUAUACAGGAGGGCCAAGGACUGCAUGAGGCGAUACAGGACUUCGAAGAACAGUUUGAGGAAGUACGUGACAUGCUGAAGGGGUUGACAAUCGAAAGGAGGGACACGGUCCGGAAGCUGCAGGGAGAUGAUGAGAAGGGAUGGAAGGGUGGAAGGAAGGGCUUCUGAGAGGGUCAACUUAGCGUUCUUGCUUGUUUCAUUGUGUA